GUGAAACUGUGUAAGCGGUACGUGGUGUUGGAUUUUAUUAAAAAUAAUGGUUUUGAGCAUGGUUAUUAUUUCGUAAGGGUCAACUGUCCAAAAUACUCGCAAAAUGAGCAUUCAAAAUUUUGCAAUGGUAAAGUAUGAAAAGAAUUUUUCCGAGGUCAAGGGUCUGGGAAACUUCAUUACAUUGAUAGGCUAGUUCUCCGUUGGAGUGUUUGGCGAUACCGGUACCGUGCGACAAAAGAAUGUCGCGAGGAUCAAGCAUUGAUCGGAAUCAAUAUACAGGAGUUGAUUCGGACUUCCUUAGUUUAUCAAGAAUGGAAGGGAAUGUACCACAACAGAAUGUGGGUUCCAGAAUUAGAGAUGAAGCCCCAAACAACUAUGCUCGCAUGACUUUGGAUGGAAGAAAACGACCAAAACCUGGAAAUAAUGGAAUUGAACCAAAUAUCAGAGAUGGAGAUCAACAUUGGCAUGAUUGGACUUGUACUUGGCGAAAAGUGGGAGCUAAGGGACACAGUCAACCUGUAACAAUGACAGGCACAAUAACAAGAGGUAAAAAGAAAGGACAAGUAGUAGAUGUCAGGCUAGAUUUAACAGAACGAGAACUUCUGGAAAUCUCAUCAGCUCAUGAACAGUCACAUAAUUCUGUUCCUGAUUCACCUGAUUCAAUGCCUUCAUCACUGCCUGAGCGUAAAGACUCUGACUGUGGUUGUGGAUUACAAGAAGGUCCUCACAUUAUAUUGCUUUCAAUAUUGGCUUUCCCCUUUAUACUUAUAGCUUCUAUGUUCGCUUCAUUUUAUUUUGGUGCUCUCACAUGGCAAAAUAUUUUCAAUCAUUUCUAUGACGAAAGGACAAUAUGGCAUAGAAUAUUUAUAUGUCCUCUGCUUGUAAUUGCUUUUCCUCUUAUAAUCGUCUUCUUAACACUGGGGAUUUCCAUAUAUGCUGCAUUUGUUCAAUUAAGAUGGUCAUUUACAAAUUGGAAGGAUGAGGUUGGGAGUCUGGAGAAAGGAUUUUGUGGGUGGUUGUGUGGGAUAUUAAACCUCGAAGACUGUUCGCCUUACACUGUUGUCGAACUGUUUGACACUUCUGACACAGAAAAUGGACAGAGACAAAGCCAGCAUCAGGGUAGGUGUGCGACUCUAAACACCGAACAAAAUAGCGAAACAUUUUUACCUUCUCGAGGAUCAAUCACUGCCUCUCGAGACAGGAACUCCUUGCCUACAGCUGGAGGCUCAGCAUCGCAUAGAAUGGAAAGCGCAUUGUAGCACAGAUGUUUCUUAUUUCAUCGCUUUGUAUAUGCGUCCAUUCGGAUCUUGAUAGCAUAGUUUGGAAAACACACCAAGACUAGAGUUUGAAACUCGUUGGUGUGUUUGAAUCAACUUAUACUAUAGAUUUAUAUUCAUAUAUAUUAUGCCAGCGGCUUUUUUAACAAUCAUGGAAUUUUUCAAUGUUAUACAUGCCUUCAAUACAAUAUAGCACGUUUUUGUACUGAUACACCCUUUUAAUGUCACUCAUUAGUUUGGUGCACCACCCCCAUCCUACAUUAGUCCAUAAAAACAAAUUAAUUACUGUGCCAUCAGUAUUCUUUUCACUUAAUUGAGUACUAGACUUUAUGAAAAAAAAAAUAUGAUUUCUCAUUUAUGUUCUUUUAGAUUGUGCCCUAUCAAGUGUAUUUCACCAAAUGAAAUUUUUUUCUACUUCAAUUUUUAAUUAUGUGCCAUAUUCUAAGUAUUUUCUACAUUCCGGUACUUGUUUCUACACAACAAACUGUUGGCUUUUCUGGUAUUCUUAUGUUCACUGCUUUUUUAAUAUAUCUGAUUGUUGCUUUUAA